AUGUUUGUAGCACUGUUUCUUUGGAUUUCAACAGGAGGAUUUCUUGUGUGGAGGAAGCCCAAGAGUGUUGACCCUCUGCCUACGACACCGUUUGAUGACAAUAGGAAGCAAACUACUCCACUUCGAAUGGCUUCAAAUCAGAAUGAAGCCGUCAGUGGCAUUGUCUACGUCCAUGUUGGAAAGACAGGAGGUGAAUGGAUCAAGACUCAACUCAAGAUGGUUUGCAAGACAAGGCGCAAUCGGAAUAUUCGCGCUGUCUGUCUUCAGAAAAAGUACCCAACUUUUCUAUCCAAACUGGCAGUUGGCUACAUUCAUACGUCCACCAUGUACAUUGAUGCUGACGUUCAAAAACCACGGCAGACCAUUCCACGGACCAAAUCCAUUCGAGAUGCCUCUGGGGCAUUCUCCCACUAUUUGUUUUCUAUUCGCCACCCGCUUCGCCGCUUAGUCUCAUGGUAUACCUACAACCAUCCAAAGUCCUGCGAUGAGCGAGAACCACAUAGUCCUUCCUGCAAGACUUCCGCCUGGAAAACAUCGUUUUACGACUGUUUUCCGAGGUUACAGGACUUGGCCAAUCACAUCCAACCAGCAGAUCGUACGGAUAUGCAAGGUGACGACUGCACCAAAACUUUUUGGAAUGGCUGGUAUGCCCGUGGAGACAAUGUGGAACCGAAAGAUUCCAAUCAUUUGCACUGGAACUAUCAGUAUUACUGGAACGAGACAAUGGUUCAAACACCAAAUAAGAAGCUAUUAGUCAUUCGUCUCGAAUCUAUCGAAAAGGAUCUAGUGUCGUUGGAAGUCUGCUUGGGAAACGACCCAAUGGCGGCAUCCAAGAUAUUUUGGCACCCUCCCGAUUCCUUUCAUUUUGUUCGAGGAGGCGCCCCCUCGCAAUUGGACAAGACUGGUACCCACAGCUUGUGUUGCCUCCUUUUUCAAGAGAUGACCCUUUACCGAGAACUACUACAACAAGCCGGCAAUCCAUUGGAAAAGAAAGAACAAAGCUUGCAACAGGUUCAUGAUUUGUGUCAAUUCUCGAAUUGGGACGAAAUGAAAUUGGAGUGCAGCAUGAAAUAA